AUGGUCUCAUUUCUUGGCGGCACGGGGAUUCUGUCAAACGGGAAAGAAAAGGCUGUAAAGAGACCAUCAGCACACUCCGGACAAGGUAGGCAAGAAUUCAUGAAUGAAGUGAUUGUGAUUUCAAAACUCCAACACAAGAAUCUUGUCAGACUGCUAGGAGGCUGCGUUGAGAAAGAAGAGAAAAUUUUGAUAUACGAAUACAUGCCAAACAAAAGCUUAGACGCUUGUCUCUUUGGUGCUACAAAUCCGACAAAGAAGUUUUUAGAUUGGAAUAUGCAUUCCAGCAUCAUCGAUGGCAUUGGGAGAGGCAUCCUGUACCUUCACAGAGACUCAAGACUAAGGAUCAUUCACAGAGACUUGAAGUCAGGUAAUGUUCUGCUAGACAAGGACUGGAAUCCAAAAAUCUCGGAUUUCGGGAUGGCAAGAAUAUUCGGAGGCAAUGAAGACCAUGGCAGUACUGCAAGAGUCGUGGGAACAUACGGAUACAUGGCACCAGAAUACGCAAUGGGAGGCAGAUUUUCUGAAAAAUCUGAUGUAUACAGCUUCGGAGCUGCGUGGAAAAUGUGGAAUGAGGGUAAUGGUUUGAGUUUCGUGGAGCAAAGCAUCGUGAGCAGGGAGACGGAGGAAGAGAUAGUUCGAUGCAUUCAGAUAGGGCUGCUUUGUGUCCAAGAACAUCCCAUGGAUAGACCUUCCAUUGAAACUGUGUUGUUGAUGCUGAGUCGUGAUAUAGUGGAGCCAGGGACGGAGCUAGAAAAUUAUAGUAGAGGGGGCAAAAAUAUAAACAUUCAAAUUUUUCUUUAG